UGGGCAUUGCCACGGGGCCACCAGCCAGCGUGGCCCUGCCAUCGCCACCGAUGACCAGCUCAGCCUGACGCCCGCAGAGGGACACCCACCACCCAUCCUGACUCAACGAAGCAGGCAGCGGCUGCAGGGUGAGAUGGCGCUGCGGGUGCUGGCGCUGGGCCUUGUCCUGUCCCUGGCUGUGGCAGCAUCCUCUGACUGUGUGACCCAGUGCUCUCUCUGCUCAGCCCAGACCGACGCCGGCGUCUGGCCACUGAUGUGCCUGCGGGAAUGCCUGGGCUCCUCGCCACCCGGCCCCGAGUGGGAGACCUGUAGGAAGGCACUAGCCCUCCUGGCCCCGCUGGUGGCCCUGGCCGAAGGGACAGACAUGUCCCCUCGGGAGGUGGAGGAGGAGGAGUCAGAGCUGCAGCCAGAGCUGGGUCCUGGGGAGCUGCCGCCGGUGCUGGCCAAGCGCUACGGAGGCUUCAUGAAGAAGAUGAUGAAGGGGAAGCUGCUCUCCCUGCUGCGUGAGAACGCCCACAGCAAGGGCGGCCUCAGCAAGAAGUUUGGGGGCUUCGGCCGCAAGCCGGGCGAGCGGGCGGCUCCCGAGGACUACCCGGGGCCGGCUGGCGAGGGGACCAAGGAGCCCACGGGUGCUGGGGCCGAGGGGCAGGAGCUGGCAGAGCUGCACAAGCGUUACGGGGGCUUCAUGCGCCGGAUCCGGCCCAAGCUCAAGUGGGACAAUCAGAAGCGCUACGGGGGCUUCCUGCGGCGGCAGUUCAAGGUGGCGGCGCGGGCGGACGAGGACCCCAGCGCCUACUCAGGGGAGGUCUCGGACGUAUAGAGCCAGGGGACACCACAGUCCCCACACCCCUGGCCCCAUCCUCUG